AUGGCACAGCGACUAGAGGAGCUUGAUCAGCGCUUGGGAGACUGCGAGCUGCAGGACCGGGACCUUCCAGAUAGGGGUCGCCGCUCCGCCGCCGCAGAUGGGGCUUCCGCUCGUAUGACGGAGCUCGUCAUGAAGGAGGAUCAUUUGAAGAACAGGGUCAACAACGUGAGAGAUGAUGCAACGGAGUACAUCGCUACCAUCAGCCCUGGCCUUGAAGAGGUCGGAGAAGUUAACCCUUUAGACGUGGAGCGGCUCCAACAUACAACCAUCUCCCUAGAGAAUACCGUGUUCGAAACGACGGUAACUAUGGUUUUAGCUCGCGAGGGCGCCCUCAAUAGGAUUAGAGACAUGGGCCAUCAAUUCAAGCGCUCUUUAUUCAACGCAGAAGUAAAAAUAGCCCACAAGGAGCUCAACCAGGCUGAAGGUCGUCUCGCCGUAUUAACCUUCGACCUCGAAGCUAACGAGGCUCACAACCAGGAGCUGCAAACCAACUUAGCCAUGAGAGAUGGGACGAUCGGAUCCCUUCGACGCUGGUUCCGAAAGCAGUUGGAUAAGAAAAAAGCUUCGAUUAGAAGCCUUAAACGCCAGCUUCGAAACCGUAUCGAAGCCCAUAUAUUUGUGGACGGCGAGGUCGAGAGGCUUGAGGCCGAAGUCCGAACCCUCGAGAGGCGCGGUGCGGAGCAGCAAGCUGAAAUUUGCCAGCUUCGUGUCGACGUAACCAGUCUCGAAGAACAAAUAAAUGAUUUAACCAUAGCUCUUGGUGGCGCGGAAUUCCAGAUUAGGUCUCUGGGUGACCAGGAUCAGCUCGUGGCCGAGUUCUUCGCGUCUAGAUGCGACAUCCGUCCUGAACGGGAAGACCUCCGCGUCUGGACUCCUUUUGUGAGAGGCGUCCGACGUGCCUGCUGGGUUGCGGGUCGCGAAUGCGUAACGCCUUGGACCUUGUUACCGCCGUGGGGACUUACGGAAGAGGUAGACGUAGCUCCCGAGCCGGAGCGGCGUGCUGACAUCGUCGGGCUCCUCGCCCACACAUAUCGCGCGGCAGCCCAAGGGCUCGUAGGUCACAGGCUCUUACGAGCGUUGACCCAGCACCUAGCUGGGGCCGAGAUGCUACCCAUCGGCGUGAUAGCGGCCGUCCUAGACAGGCUAGUAGCCUUCGUCGAAGAUGGGUCUGUGGAGGACGACCUCACGCUGCAGCUGUUCGCAGCCGCGCUUCUGCAGGCCGCACGAUGUGUGCGCGGUCGGGUCGAGGGGACGGAUUCCGGCUUGGAAGAUGUACACUCUCGUACCGAGAAGAUCGUUGCGAGAUCCGGUGCUCCCAUGACGCAUCUAGUCCAGCUUCUACAGAACGACGGCGCGCAGCUGGUCCGAGAUCUGCUCGCCACCCGCGACCCCUCCGGCUAUCCCGUAGGAGAUGGGUUAUCCGGACCCAUGUACUGUCCCGGACCGAGGCUGGGCUUCCUCAAGCUGCUGGAAUUGAAGCAAUGGGUCUGGAUAGUUGCGAUGGACGACCGCACCGUCAGGGCUGUGCGGUGUGAGCGAGGGGACUGGGCCUGGGCCUCAAACCUCGAGCGCUACGUAUUUAUGGCGGUGGAGGGGUCGGAUAUGACGAUAGACACGCACCAUACUGCUGACAGGCGCUGGCUCAAUUCUAAUACGAUAUGGGAGGAGGGUUAGUUUUGAAGUUCAGAAUUGAAGUUCGUAAUAUUAUGCGGUUACGUUUUAACCGUGCAAUAGAGACGACCACG